AUGCCUGCGCCCGAUAUCCCCAAGCUCGCGCCUCUGGAGCAGCCCACCCGCUCGGUGGUCUCGGUCGACACCAGAGACCCCGCCGAGAACACCAUAAUUGUUGACCUGUCCAAGGGUAACAGUCAACUGGUCUCCCUGACCGAGGCGCACAAGAGGAACGGGGAUAUUCUGUUGAAAAUCAUCGACACCCGCCGGACUCGCCGCCAUGCACGUGUUCUUGCGCCGUUUCCGAUGAGCAGGCGUACAUCCACGCCGAUGCCUGCCCACCUCGUGCGCUUUAUCCGCCAAGUAUCCCUCGAGGUCACCGACUGCCCCUUCCGGAGGUCGAAGAGGAUCGCACGCCAGGGUCCGAUUGACUAUCCCGAGUAG